AUGACAACCGCUCACAGACCAACGUUCGAUCCGGCUCGUGGUGGUACGGGCCGUAAUGAAGGGGAUUUGUCAAAGUUAUCGCAACAGUACUCGAGUAAAGAUAUGCCGUCGCAUACGAAAUUGAAGUAUCGACAGAAGGGCCAGGGACAUGCUGACGAGCUCAGAUCAAAGGAUUUACGCCGUGAGCUGGAACAGAAAGAACGGGACUCGCGAGAUCGUCGAGGAGGCAGAGAGAGUGGAUGGAGUGGCGGAGGCGCCAGCUCUUCGGCAAAAAAGGCACGAAUUGAAGCUGGAGCAACAACUGCAACUAACGCACAGGAUGAGGAUGAUUCUUACGACGAACUCAAUGAGGAUUCUGGUUCUGAUGAGGAUGAUACAGCAGAACUGAUGGCGGAACUGGCGAGAAUUAAGAAGGAGAGAGCUUUAGAGAAGGCACAAAGAGAUGCAGUAAUAGCUGAAGAACAGGAACGCAUAAGAACCGAAAACAUCCUACAUGGCAAUCCGUUGCUGAAUCCUGACUCGGUUGAUUUUAAAAUGGAGAUGACACAGAGGGAUUCAUUUCAGGAUGGGGCAUUUAUUCCAUCGGUGAGUGGAGCAGAAACCUUUUUGGGUCUAUUGGAUGCGCUUUUUAUGGCUGCAUACGCCAUUUCAUUGUUUUAUUGGGGAUGGUUAGGUGACCGAUUAAAUCCACGAAAUGUGAUCGUUUUUGGUAUGGUUGCUUCUGCGCUGGCGUUAGUAUUAUUUGGAUCGGUACCCAAAUGGUUUAAUUUUUAUUCGAUGCCGUAUUAUGUUUUGACUUAUAUUAUUUUUGGUUCAUUGCAAGCGUGUGGAUGGCCGAACGAAGUUGCGAUAAUGGGUAACUGGUUCGAUAAUUCGAACCGUGGCUUUAUAAUGGGUCUUUGGGCUGCGUGUCAGCCAGUUGGAAAUAUUUUAGGAGCUAUUUUAAUCACACUGAUACUUCCGUCAGGUUAUGAGUAUACAUUUGCAUUUAAUUCGUCUUUGAUGGUUGUGGGUGCAUUGAUAGUAGCUUUAACAAUAGAAGAUAGUCCGCGACGAGACGGUUUAUCAUAUCAACCAAUCGAUCAAGAGAGCGAUAGACAGACAUUACCGUCACACACUGCAGAUCAGGAAGGUGAUACUGGUGGUAUUAAUGGAGAAGAAAGUGCGCCAAUUGGGAUUAUUGAAGCGUUGUUGUUACCGAAUGUUAUUCCGUACUGUUUGUGCAAUACGUGUUUGAAGUUCGUGAAUUAUGCAUUCUUCUUUUGGUUACCGUUUUAUCUGACUGAAAAGUAUAAAUGGAGUGAGAGGGAAGCAAAUGCUUUGUCGAUCUGGUACGAUGUUGGUGGGUUUGCGGGUUCGGUGCUUGGCGGGAUUGUAUCGGAUCGUCUGGGGUACCGAAGUCCAGUGAUAGUGCUGAUGUUGUUCGCGUCCCUGAUCAUCCUAUUUCUCUACAUUGGUAUUGGUGCAUGGCCCGUGUUGAAUGCAAUUGUUAUGACUUUUGUUGGUAUUACCAUCUCUGGUCCGUAUAAUCUCAUUGUUGGAACGAUUUGUGUGGACCUCGGAAAACAGCCUGUUUUAUCAACAAAUGCACAGGCUAUGGCCACAGUCUCGGGUUUAGUGGAUGGUACAGGGUCGAUUGGCUCUGCGAUCGGGCAGUUUAUUGUGCCGAUUGUACAAACGAAAUACGGAUGGAAUAACGUGUUCUAUUUGUUUAUUUUUAUGGUAUCUCAUUGA